CAUACACAGACACACACACCCGGCUCCCUCUACAGCUGCUGUAAAACACAUCAUCACGCACUUCGCACAUUCAACUGUGUGAACCCGCAUUGACACAGGCUUCGGGUUGCCUUAAUUUGGGGUUUGUCAGCACAGAUCAGAGGGAAGAUGAUUAAACUUUUCUCGCUGAAACAGCAGAAGAAGGACGAGGAGUCUGCCGGGGGAACGCGAGCGGGAGUCGGCGGAAAGAAAGCGAGCGCGGCCCAGCUACGGAUACAGAAGGACAUCAACGAGCUGAACCUUCCUAAGACAUGCGAGAUUGUUUUCCCGGACCAGGAUGACCUGCUCAACUUUAAACUCAUCAUCUCGCCAGAUGAGGGAUUCUACAAAGGAGGAAAGUUUGUCUUCAGUUUUAAGGUAGGACAGGGGUACCCUCACGACCCUCCAAAAGUCAAAUGUGAAACAAUGGUUUAUCACCCCAACAUUGACCUUGAAGGAAAUGUCUGUCUAAAUAUUUUAAGAGAAGACUGGAAGCCAGUGUUGACUAUAAACUCCAUCAUAUAUGGACUACAGUAUCUGUUCCUUGAGCCAAAUCCCGAAGAUCCAUUGAACAAAGAGGCGGCAGAAGUCCUGCAGACGAACCGGCGGCUUUUUGAACAGAACGUUCAGAGAUCACUGAGAGGAGGCUACGUGGGUGCCACCUACUUUGAACGCUGUCUGAAAUAGUCCCAAGUCUACUGGCCCUUACAUCCCAGAAUGCAUUUAUUGUUUACAUGCGCUGAGAAAUACUGACUGACACACUGACCGAAGAGAAGCAGGGGGAGGGGGUUUCUCAUGGGGACGGACUCAGCGCCAUGUGGGUUAUAAAGGAGUAGGCUUUGAAAGGCCGGUCAGUGAUUGUUGCUCAGAGAAUUCAGUCGUAUUUGCCACUAUGCUGGUACCCACUGUUGGUUUUUUUUUUCUCGUCGUUUUUUUUUUUGCUGGGCUUCACAUGCUAACUUAUCCUCCCACUUACAGACAUGAACCGAGAGAGUCAUAUUCAGAUCAUUUACACAUCUCUUGUAUUCCAUUAUGAAGGCAUGAGGACUGGUUUUGUUUGGGCUACAGUAACAGGAAACCUGCCUUGCAUUGCACAUAUUCAGCUGCGUUAAAUAGUCACUAAUUUAGGUUUUUCAAAAAAAAAAAAAAACUUGUAUAGUAUCGCAUUUGACCAAUUCAGAAAACGCUGACCGAUUGACAUGACAGACUUACGGACUGCCUCAAUUAAGAUCGAUGGGAUUCGUAUGCAAAUGAGCGUUGUGAAGUUGGGAGACCUUGAUAUGUUUUACCAGUUUUCAUGGUUGGGAUUGGGUGGGAUUUUCAUGAAGAGGGAUGGCGCGGGGUUAGGAAUGGUUGCAUAAAAUGUUACAGUUCUGUUGUGUAUAUUGAAAUCCCAGCUGUUCACAAUGACUGCAAUAUGAAUUGUUAAAUAAAAUAUUGACUUAAAUGCCUGCAUUUUAAGAUUAGUGUAAACGACGAAAGCAGAUGUGUUUAAAAUCAAUAAAAUGUUUUAUCUGA